GGUUUCUUUGCACCAUGAAGCAGUAGCUAUCAAAAUUGAGUGCGGUACGCUGAACAGCUGAGCAAGGGAACAGAUACUGAAGGGAGCCUGCAAAGAAAAAGGAUUGUGGAGGAAAAAAACCCUCUUUCAACUGCACAUUGGCACUGCCCAUCACUGAGAGCUGUGUCGGGGAGCAGGAAUUGCCUGUUUAUGGUGAUUGAUCUGCGCAGCCCCUGGGAUGCUCAGAAAACGGAUUAAGGAGAAAAGAAUCGCAGGAGAAGGAGGAGGUGGAGGUUCCUCUUUGAAAACACACGGGCUAAUAGAAAACAUCCUCUAAAUUUUCAGUGUGUCAGGAUACGUUAAUGAUCACCCUGAGAUGAGCCGCCCGUAGCCGGGGCCGGCCCCGCUGCCAGGGCUCCCUGCCCCGGGAUGAUGAGGACCUGUCUGCCGGCCUAACAGGAAGAUUUUUAGCGGUGGUUGUUUUUUGGGGUUUUUUGUUGGUGUCCGUCCCCCCCCCCCCCAACCUUGUGAAAUUUCAUGUGACGGCGGAGCAGCUUCCUGCGUCGCCUCGCAGCCGAGGGCUGGGUGGCAGAGGGCCACCAUGGCGGCGAAGCAGCCCCCGCCGCUGAUGAAGAAGCACAGCCAGACUGACCUGGUGAGCAGGCUGAAGACACGCAAGAUCCUGGGGGUCGGCGGGGAGGACGAUGAUGGCGAGGUCCAUCGCUCAAAGAUUAGCCAAGUACUGGGAAAUGAAAUCAAGUUUGCUGUCCGGGAACCGCUGGGGCUCAGGGUCUGGCAGCUGGUUUCUGCCGUCAUGUUUUCUGGGGUCGCCAUCAUGGCCCUUGCUUUCCCUGACCAGCUCUACGACACCGUCUUCGACGAGGAAGCGGCGAGCAGCAAGACUCCCAUCCGGCUCUAUGGAGGAGCCCUCCUCAGUAUCUCGCUCAUCAUGUGGAAUGCCCUCUACACGGCCGAAAAAGUCAUUAUCCGCUGGACCCUGCUGACGGAGGCGUGCUACUUUGCCGUGCAGUUCCUGGUUACCACUGUCUCCCUGGUCGAGAGUAGCCGGAUAGCCACAGGUGCCGUGCUCCUCCUGGUCAGCCGAGCCCUCUUCAUCCUCAUCAGCAUUUAUUAUUAUUACCAAGUUGGACGCCGUCCCAAGAAAGUCUAAUUCCUGGGCUUUUUGUCAUGGGAAGGGUGGGAGGGGGGUUUGUGUCGGUAAUUUUGCAUUAUAAUUAUAACUUUUUUUUUGUUAGUCCCUUUUUGUUCUAAAGUGGUUUCCUUCUUUUCCACUUACCGGCAUGAAUCAGUGUGUAACCCGGUGCUGGUGGCAUUGCCAGGAGAAAUGGGGGGGGGGCAGCAUCAGGCAGGCCUCCCCCCCGCCCUCCCCAUAGGAGGUGAGGAGCAGUGGGAGGAAGGCUCAGGGAAAAGAGCUGGUUUCCCAGGGAAAACUGGCCGGUGGGAUCACAGGCUCUGAACCUGCUGGAACAAAGCACAAAAUAAGACCAGCACACUGAAACACAAUCCCUGAGGAGACAGGGCAGUAAGGCAACCACCGAAGAACUCAGCUACUCCCCUCGGUAGGUCUUGUACCUGCCUGGUGGAGUGUGCCCUCGUGUACAGCCCGUUCCCCUUUUAGCAAGUACUGACUGUCCACGUAGCUGGGAGCUGGACGGCGCUAGGUCGAGUUCAGCACUUUGCGAACGGCUCUUCUUUCCUUCCCGUUCAUAGUUUUGCACUGGGUGCUGUGCAAAGCUUGGCAGGAGACAGAGCAAAAGAAGAGGGAGACCCUUUGCUUGUUCCCUUCGCAGGGACGGCACUGGGAACAGCGGAGCAGCUUGACCUACAAUAUUUUAGAAGUGGAGGAAGCUAUCAGAAAGCACAAAGACAUCCCGUUUCUUGGGAUUUUUCAUGAAGUUUCUAGGCUGGGGUCCUGUCCCUUUCACCCCAGAACACUUCCUACAAUUGCAGCUUUACUGAUGGUAGAGGCAGAGGCAGGUGUGAGGUAGCGUCUGAUGCUUUAGUUAAGCAAGGGCUGGAGUGCAGUUGUAGUUAGCACUACUAAGAGCAGAGCGAGCAUCAGUACAGCUGCUUGGGUCAGCGAGCAGCCUCUAGAGAUGAGCCCCAGCUGUGGGAGGUGGUGUUCCAGCUCUGCUAAUGCGCAGGCAUCUCAUCUCUUCUGACUUUGAGAAGAGAGGACCAAAGUUUGUAGCAUUAAGAUACUUAACUGGGAUGAAGAACAGAAGGAGCAGGGUGUAUGAAGGCAUCAUUGCCUUCUCUAGCUCAGUCAAGGACAGACUAAAUGUGCUUUAGUACUCACAAGCUUCUCCAACAUCUACUGGGCUUAACAGCAUUGGCUGCCCUACUUCCUAGCACUUUCCUUGCGGAUUAUCCCUGUCCACAGCUGGAGGCAGCAUUUUUUUGUUUUUCAUGGGACUAAAGCCAGCAGGUCUGUGUACAGGAUAUGGACUGCUUAUGCACCACUGUUGACUGGAUCAAAGUGUGCCCUGGAAUAGAGCUGACAUCCCAAAAUCCCAGUAGAGAGAUGCCUACGCAAACAGAAGUGCUUGUGUGAACAACAGCCCUCAAGCCACUGGUGACACUGGGAUCUACGGCUAUUGCUGUUUUAAUAUCUUAGUAGAGUUAGAAGAAGGUAGUGGGUAGUUACUGUAUGUUGUGUUAGUGCUUUUGGCAUUUAGAAGCAGCUACAUAAACUUGGGACACUGCGUGCAUUGUACCUACUGGCCAUGCAAAAUGUCUGUCAGGUAAGAAUAUUGGAAAUAGUUGAACCAGGAAACAUCACAAGUAAUCUUUUUUUCCGAAGAAGUAAAUCGAAUGGAGAGGCAACAUCCAACAGCAGGCUAAAUUCUGGAGCCUCCCAACAACACAUGCCUGCCAAGCUGCUUUCAACAUGUCCAAAAUAUGAUACUGAGCAACUAAAACUUAUAUGUAAGAGGAGCCUUCCUGUUCAGGUAGAAGAAUUGGGCUCCAAGAGGGAAACUGUUUCCCUGUGAGGCAGGAACUGAUUAAGUGCAGCCUGGAGAGUGUGACCAAUUAGAUCGAGCGGUGCUGCGUGUAAGAGCUGGAGCGUGUCACGCUGCGGCUGUUGCUCUCAGCCUGCAUGCCACCUGCAUGGGCAGCUGCAAUGGCCUCAGUGCAGCACCUUGGCUGCAGUCAUUGGUAGAGGUACGUGAAGUUUGAUUCUUUGUGUUUUGGGGGUCACAUGAAUGUAUACACAGACUGAUCGCUGGUUUUGGGGGGAGGGUGUGUGGGAAAUUGUGUUUCUAGGAAUGACAAGUAAAACUGACCACAGCAAAAGCAAUCUUGCAAAAGAAGGAAAUAAUGGAGGGUCUUCGUAAUGCUGUCAUCCCAUCUGUGUUGGCCGCAGGUCCUAGGAACUUAGUUAUGACUCUGGGUCUGUAGAUGGCUGCCUGGUUAGCAUACCCUAGCAUGUCAUCCAGCAGGUGGGAGAAAUGAGUUACUGCACUAUGUGAGAGCAGUUCUCCAAAGACUUCUUGAUGGUUAAAUCAGGUGGGAGGGUGGGGGAAGCAGUUAAAGCUUUCCAAAGGAGCUUUAAAUCGGGUGCUGUCAGAUUCCUCUGGUCCCCUGCUUAGCAGCUGCCUCUCUGCAAAACUUAAACCAGUGAGCCACAUCUAGCUCUGCCAGUCAACGUCCUCUGCUCCAACACAGAGCAAAGCCUGGCGGAGUGGCCACGUAAAAGAUUCCAUCCUACUUGGUACCUAGUCCUGAAAGGGGAGAGAGAUGAAGUUGUUUUAUUUUCAUGCUUCUUGCUCCAUCUUGCUAUAAAUGGACCAUGUAGAAAGCAAGUAUGGAAGUGGACUGGGGCUCUACACCUCUUCUAAAACUGAGAAGGGGCAAAGGUAUGGCCCUGCCUGACAAGGGCCACAAAAAGGCUGUGGUCCCUGGCAUGGUCCCUUCUCAUCAGCAAGGUGCUGCAGGAGAAACAUGGCCAGGCCUACUUGAGGAGGUGAAUUUGUAGCAGGUGAGGUCUAGGAGGGAGUUUCUUCAGGGUGGCUUGAGGAUGGAGCCCAGGCAGUCCAUCUGCAGCAGUGCCAGAAACCAACUGCGGCUGGUUGUCUUCACUCUGGUGUGAAUGGGAGGAAAGGGAGGAGGAUGCUGAAACGUUUGUACAGAACUGCAUCCCUAAGGACAGAAGUGGUGGCAUCACAGCUGCAGGUGGCAGUUGAGCGUGUAAUUUGGGAUCAAAAGCCUGAGGCAUCACUUCAGGCUCUGCUACUGAGCUGCUGAGAAAAAAAUGCAUCUCCACAGGCCUCAGAUUCCUUAGCUGUUAAAUUGUGAGAAAAGCCGUGGACUGACGUCAUCUCCCACAGGAGACAGUUUGCAGCGAAUUACCUGCUUGCAUUUGUAUAAUGUUGUGCAGGGUUGGGAGCUGUGUUCCCCGGAGGGUUUUGCUCUGAGCAGGCACACAACUAAGGCUGACCCCCUUUUCUCUGCAAGAGAUGGACCCGAACCCUUGUGUUCAUAGAGCCCUCACUUUUGAGGGUGAAGCAAGCUCAUCGAUAACAUAUAACUCCCUUCAUCGCCUUAUUUACGGCUAACCAAUAUCUGACAAACUGGAGCUGGUGGCAAAGGAGAAGCUCUGCCUGACCUAAGCUGGCCUCUCCUUUCUGGUCAAGGUUUUUUACUUGGGGUGGGGGGGGCAGGGGAGAAUGGGACACUUCGUUUAUACCUCAUUUUAGCUGCUGUACCUGAGUUUAUUCUUUCUCCUCUGGUAAGAAAGUGACUGUACUUAACACCAAGCAAAUAGUGAAAAUUAAAGCCGUUUCACUUCACUGUCA